AUGUUACCAAUGCAGUGGUUACAGUCUUGGAGUGCCACCAUCCUGGAGACUUUAGAUAUUCUGCUUUGGUGGAAUUAUAGCACUGAUUCCCUGAAUCCAAAGCUCACCGUCUACCUUGGGAAGAGGGACUUUGUCGACCACAUAGAUGUUGUGGAUCCUGUUGAUGGCGUCGUGUUGGUUGAUCCAGAGUACUUAAAAGAAAGGAAAGUCUUUGUCACGCUGACGUGCGCCUUCCGCUACGGACGGGAGGAUCUGGACGUGCUGGGAUUGACCUUUCGGAAGGACCUGUUUGUGGCCAACAUCCAGGCCUUCCCCCCGGUCCCUGAGGAGAAGAAACCCCUGACACGACUCCAGGAGCGGCUGAUUAAGAAGCUCGGCGAGCAUGCCUACCCCUUCACUUUUGAGAUCCCUCCCAACCUGCCGUGCUCCGUCACGCUGCAGCCUGGACCGGAGGACACGGGGAAGGCCUGUGGCGUUGACUACGAGGUGAAAGCUUUCUGUGCAGAGAACCUGGAGGAGAAAAUCCACAAGAGGAAUUCUGUGCGCCUGGUGAUCCGCAAAGUGCAGUACGCGCCGGAGAGACCGGGCCCCCAGCCCAUGGCGGAGACCACCAGGCAGUUCCUGAUGUCCGACAAGCCACUGCAUCUGGAGGCGUCCCUGGACAAGGAGAUUUACUACCAUGGCGAGCCAAUCAACGUCAACGUCCAUGUGACAAACAACACAAACAAGACGGUGAAGAAGAUUAAAAUCUCAGUGCGCCAGUACGCGGACAUCUGCCUAUUCAACACUGCUCAGUACAAGUGCCCCGUGGCUGUGGAAGAGGUGGAUGACGUGGUGGCUCCGAGUUCGACGUUCUGCAAAGUCUACACGCUGACCCCCUUUCUCGCCAACAACCGGGAGAAGCGGGGCCUGGCCCUGGACGGGAAGCUUAAACACGAAGACACCAAUCUGGCUUCCAGCACGCUACUAAGAGAUGGAGCCAAUAAGGAGAUCCUGGGAAUUAUUGUCUCGUAUAAAGUGAAAGUAAAGCUGGUGGUGUCUCGGGGAGGCCUGCUGGGAGACCUUGCAUCCAGUGAUGUUGCUGUGGAGCUGCCUUUCACACUGAUGCACCCCAAGCCCAAGGAAGAGCCCUUGCACCGGGAUGUUCCAGAGAAUGAAGCUCCCAUAGAUACAAAUCUCAUAGAGCUUGAUACAAAUGACGACGACAUUGUGUUUGAAGACUUCGCCCGACAGAGACUGAAGGGCAUGAAAGACGACAAGGAGGAAGACGAGGAGGGGACAAACUCGCCGCAGCUGAACGACAGAUAA